AUAGGCUGAAUAGAGUCUAUCGGGCACAGCGGAGCGCGCAGUCAGAACGCGGAGGAGCGCGCAGAGGCCAUUCAGCACCCGCUCGUGGGAACCACAGAGAUCAUUGGACCAGCAGCAUAGGUAGUAUGGAACACUGAAGUUGGCAGGACGCGCGUGCAACUUUUCUUCAUUUAUCGCAUGUCGGACCAUAAAAAAGGGGAUACCUUAACGUUUAUUCGUUUGGAGGCCAUUUUCAUAGUUUCACUGAGCUCUACCUGUUAAGAUCAUGAGUCAGGACAUGACUUGCUCGGCGCGUCAGCGAGUGUUUCAGGAAGCGCUCAGGAAAGGCAACACCAAGGAGCUUCAUUCUCUCUUGCAAAACAUGACAAACUGCGAAUUUAACGUCAACUCCUUUGGACCCGAGGGACAGACGGCCCUGCAUCAGUCCGUGAUCGAUGGGAACUUGGAGUUAGUGAAGCUGCUGGUGAAGUUCGGCGCGGACAUUCGCCUGGCCAACAGAGACGGAUGGAGCGCGCUGCACAUAGCGGCGUUCGGUGGACACCAGGACAUCGUGCUUUACCUCGUUACGCGGGCGAAGUACUCAUCCAGCGCAAUCUGAGCAAUCAAAGAGAAAAGAUGACACUGUACCCUAUCACAUUCGACCUCCUUGUGCCAAAGUCAAAGACAGCUUCAGGGCCACGUAACUGAGUAUCUGUAGGCACAGAAUUUAAAUAAGGAAACCAUGCAAUUUUUACCCUUUGCAUUACAUUCAAACCAUUUCAAAAUAUGAAGUGUGUUUUGGGCUUCAGUCCAGUAGGAUGUUAAAGGUUCUUGAUGGAACCAUUUUACAAUUCCCAUAACUAGGCUAUUAUAACCAUUAGAAUUUAUGUAAUGGUUUUGUUGCUUUACAUGCAUUUAAAAUGAUGACAUUGCAAAUAUUAAGCUUAUAGGAUCUCAGUGUCAUCUCUCUUAAAUUGAAACAGGCCACACACUACCAAAUGACCAUAUAGGACUGAAUUUAGUUUGCUUGUCAUAAUCAGUAUUGUUACUAGUGUGGGUUCCCCAUUUAAACUUGGUUUCUGACACUAUAGCUAAUCUCAUUUUUAAGGCUCUGGAAUGACCAUUGUUGUUAUUUUGUGUUGACAUGUAAAUGUCAGACUCCUCACAUUUCAAUUCAGAGGUUGAGAACGUGCAUCGGACAGUGGUUUCCUACUCAAUUUCCCUUUGUCUUAAAACCAGCGCCAACUCAGGCAAGACGUGGUGAGGUUUGAAAAUGUCAUGACUUUGGGAACACUUCGAAGCCAGUAUGGAAAUAUGCAUCACUUAUACUUGAGAAUGUUUGUUUAAAAAUUGCACUGAUGGCUGUUAUAUGAGUUGUUGGUGUCGUGCCGACUUUUAAAGAUACUAUUUUUCUAAAUGGAAAAAGAAUUUCUUAUUGUAUGAACGCUCCAGGGCGGUUUGUCACUCAUUUGUAUGCCUGUGAACUGAAUUACUGUAUGUAUAAUUUUGUAAUACACACUCUGCUUGAAUGUCUCUCUAUGCCUACAUAUGCCAAACUAUAACAACUAUGUUGAAAAUUGGCAAUGUUAUGGGUGUCCUUUUGACAUAACGGCACAGUAAAGUGUCCGGACAGAAAUCUUGGAGCACUUCUUAUCUGAAGUCCCAUCCUCCUCUUUUUAAGGGGGAUGCUAUGUGGUAAAAACCAGUGUGACCAGACGUUGCACAAUGCACAAGUCUUUACUUGAUAAUGCCAUAACAUUUAUGACAUGAAAGUAAAAGUUACUUCUUAUGAUUGAGAGAUGAGUCAAAUGUGAUGAUCUUUUUGUGGACCAACUUUAAAAUAUUAUUUUCAUCAGACAAGUUUGGAGCGGAUGAAUUGUAAUUUUGUUACGUCUUUUAUAUCUGUUUAGCUGUUUGUGUCACAUUUUAAAGAUAUUGCUCACUGUGUUUUGUACAAAGGCAUUUUAGAUAUUAAAAAUAUUGCUGGUGUUA